GAAGAGAGAGAGAAAGAAGCGAAGAGACGGAGAGUAACACGGAGAGAGAGGCCACGGGAGGAGAGGCGCGCGGAGGAGCGAGCGAGAGGGAGGCGGCCGCGCCGAAGAUCCUGACAUGAGGCGGCGACGCGCAAAAGCAGCUGCAAGGAGCAAGGCCGUCAAUGGCUCGAGGAAGUCACGACCUCCGGACCCCGCGGGGCAGUCCAGCGAUGGCGCCCGUGACGCAGAAGAUUCCACGCCGCCAGCCGCCACCGCCGCCGCAAAACCCGGCCAGGAGCCGCCGCUCGCCGCCCCCUCUCGCUCGCCAUCCCCGACGGCGCACCCUCCUCCCAACGGCCUGGCGCACGAGAACGACACUCAGGACGACUUUCAGGACGAUUCCUCUCAGGGCAAGGAGGUGGUGGUGGAGAACGGGCAGCCCGCAGAGCCGGAGCAGAAUUGCCAUGGCAUGAAGCGGCACAUAAACGGUUCGUGCCCGCAGGCGAUACCGCCGAACAAAAAGCCACGGUUGGAGGACGUGGAGCUGGACCUGCUGAGGUUGGCCGACAGCCUCGCGCUGGCGGCGGAAGGCGGCGAGGCCGCCGCUGUCAACGGCGGAACGGGCGAGUACCCGCCCAGCCCGGAUGACGGUGCCAAGCGGGCUCCCAGCCCCAUCGUCACGAACCCCCUGCUCUUCCUGUCGGAAGCAGCCUCGGCCCAGCAGGGAUACUGCAAAGCCACCGCGUGCUCGGAGAGGAAGCCCGAAAACUGCGACUGCAAAGGCCCGGACUGCCCCGACUUAACGGCGGCCGCCGAGAGCGGGAACGACUGCGAGCGGUCUCCCGAGGCUGGCGGCAGCUGCGCCACUCCGGAGCCGAGCGGAGCCGCGCCGGGCCCCUCGGCCCAGGCUUCGCUCGGCAACGGCGGCGUCGGAAACUCCGCGGCGGCGUCCGGCGGCAGCGUGCCAGCGGAGAGGUGCAGCUCUCCUGCCUUGGCGCUCGCCGGCGGUAAAAACAAAAAAGGGGCAAACGCUCACCUCUCGGGUUUCUUUCAGAGCUUCCUCGACUUUGCCCUGCAGCAGCAGAUGAGCCCCGAGCAGGCGACGGCGGUGAAGGCGCUCGCCGAGUUGUCCAACGGCACGGGAGCCCAGUUGGCCGGCGCCGCGCCCAAGCAGUCGGCAGGCAAGGGCCGAGCGGGCAAGGCGGCGAAGGCGGCGAAGGCAGUGGCGGCGGCGGCAGCGGCGGCGGCGGCAGCGGCGGCAGCAGCGGCGGCGGCAGCGUCUCCUUCGCAAGCGAGCAACGGCGUUGGCACGUCCAGGCAGACGCUGGCGGAGCUGUGGCCCGGGCCUCUGCAGCAGAAUCAAGAGGCGGCAGCGGCGGCGGCAAAGCACAAGCAGCAUCUGCAGGCCCAGGCUUCUGCACAGUACUCGCAGAAAGCGGCGCAGCACGGCGCGGCUGCGCAAAAUCACCAGCAGCAGUCCCAAGCGCUGGCGCCAAUGCAGGGGCAACCGCCGCAGGGGCAGUCGCUCCUACAACAGAAAAUUCUAAACGAUGCGCACAUCGCACCCCUGCUCGUGCAACCGAAUCACAGCUUGAUGAACCACCAGCAAGAGCUGCACUCGCAACUUCACAGCCAACAUCUUGCUCAAGAGCAGCAGCUUACACAGCACCAGCAGCAGGCGCAGCAGCAUCAGCAGUUCUUGCAGAGCCAUGAGCUGGCACAGCAGUAUUCGCAUCAUCAACACAAUCAACUGCUUCUGCAGCAGCAGCUGCUUCAGGAUGCCCAAUCGCAGCAGUGCAAGUGGCAGCAGAGCGCAGCAUUGGAUGCGCAGUCACAAGGCCACACAAACGCCCACGGCCAGGUCUCCGACGGAGCCGCCUCCGUUGCCAAAGAAGACGACACCCCCGUGCCCCGUAAUAACCUGCACCAGCCGGCGGUCGCUUCCUAUCACGGGCAGCCGCUGUCGAUGGGAGCGGAGGGAGACUCGGAGCAGAGCAGCCGCCCCUACUCAGAGCUGUCCGAAGAGGUGCUGCGAGGUGAUGCCUCGAAACAAAGGUGCUCAGAGCAAGCGACCACCAGCAACCAGAGCAGCACCCGCUCGGUCAUUAUGAAUCACGUGGCGUCCGUGUGCUUCGACGCCGACAAAGGUAAAAGCCAUCGUACGUUUAUGGGACUCGACGCCGAACGAUCAGGGACUCUCCAAGGUGCUAUUACAAGCCGACGCAACUCGAGCGACCCAGCGGAGGAGCACGGGCUCCUGCAGUCGCACCUGCUGCCUCAGGGAGGCCAGCACGUGAUGCACGCCCGCCCGCAGCACGGCGAGCGCGACGCGAAGAACUCGGCGGCGCAGGCGGCGAGCGAGCGCUACGGGCAGCACUGCGAAGGUUCGCAAGAUCCCCAGGGCAGCCUGUCCCUGCUUGCGCACGCUUCCGACGUGCAGGCCGCCCGGCAAUACUACGGCAGCAAGAAGCAGAUGCAUUUCCAACAGCCGAUGCCGCAGCAGAUGCAGCCGUACAAACACUCCGAGGUGGAACAGAAGUCGCUGGAGAGGCUUCUGCAGCAGCACAUGCAGAGCGGGGAUGAAGGGCUGUUCCAGAAAGUGCUCGGGAGCGAGCAGCAGCAGCAGCGUCUGCAACAGAUGCAGUCGAAGGAGCACCCCGCGCAGGGACACAGGGACAAGGCAGCACUCAAGGGGCAACAUAAUUCAAGUUACAAAAGCGGCCUGUCUCGCAGCAACAGCAUUGGUUUUCAACAAACAUCUGGGCCGGGAGAGCAGCAGGACAAACGAGGCUCGUCCAUGAAAACAUCCCAGCCGGACAACGGAGUGAUUUGCUUCUCCAGUCGAGGUGCGAGUGGCCACGACUUGGGGCACAGAGUGAUUCGCAGUGGUUCGCCGAUGUCGAGCCGAAAAGAGCAGCAGUCCUCCGUGCACGACCCGAACAACGACGACCUGAAGGAGAUCAUCCGGCAGCUCGAGAUAAAGAUCGCCGAGGAUCCCCGAGUCGUCGGAUCAUUUGUCGCAGCGGCAGCACCACCAGCAGCAGCAACGGAUGGACGUCUCCCACCCGCAGUCGUCUCGCCCGGGCUCUGUCCGCGCAUCCGCCGAUCUCCCGGCUAAC